AUUGCUGCCCUCCUGUAUUCCAACAGGUUGCAGCAUUACAAGAGGAGAAAAGUAGUUUGUUAGCAGAGAAUCAGAUAUUAAUGGAAAGACUCAAUCAAUCUGAUUCUAUAGAAGAUCCUAACAGUCCAGCAGGAAGAAGACACUUGCAACUCCAAACUCAAUUAGAACAGCUCCAAGAAGAAACAUUCAGACUAGAAGCAGCCAAAGAUGAUUAUCGAAUACGCUGUGAAGAGUUAGAGAAGGAAAUCUCUGAACUUCGGCAACAGAAUGAUGAGCUGACUACUCUGGCAGAUGACGCUCAGUCGCUAAAGGAUGAGAUAGAUGUGCUUAGACAUUCUUCUGAUAAAGUGUCUAAACUAGAAGGUCAAGUGGAAUCUUAUAAAAAGAAGCUAGAAGAUCUUGGUGAUUUGAGGCGGCAGGUUAAACUCUUAGAAGAGAAGAAUACUAUGUAUAUGCAGAACACUGUCAGUCUAGAGGAAGAGUUAAGAAAGGCCAAUGCAGCUCGAAGUCAACUUGAGACAUAUAAGAGACAGGUAAAAGAAUAGAUACAAA